CGAUGAACAAAGUCUGGUGGCAUUAAUUUUUUGCGUGCCUUUUAUUGACGCAAAAUGAAGGCAGCUAAUAUGAUGCGCCUAACCAAUAUUUUGGCCCGAUAAUAAGAAAAAGGAAAAAGAAAAAACAUAAAUCCAAGGCAAAUCGGAGGAGGAGAGAAAAUGGCGGCCCGAUACCUGUGGCGCGCCAAAUCCAAACUAUUUUUGACGGCCACUGCCGCCGCCGGCGCCGGCGCUGGAGCGGCGGCGAUCUCCAACUCCGAAGACGCCGCCUCCGCCGUCAAGCUCUCCACCGCCGUACCCGUCCGGCUAUUCCGCAACGCGUUCACCGCUGCCGCCGCUGCUUUCGAUUACGAAUACUCUCUGUGGGGAUUGCCUGAGGGUAGCACUGAAAGAGAAAGAACUAAGCGUGAAGUUCACACCAGGGGCGCUAUUAGACUUCGGGAGCUUUGCUUUAAAAAUGGCGGAAUCUACAUUAAGCUGGGUCAACAUAUUAGUCAGCUGGAAUACUUGGUGCCAGAAGAAUAUGUCCAGAUAAUGGGUCAGUCGAUGCUGAACAGAUGUCCGGUUUCUUCAUACGACCAAGUGUGUGAAGUUGUCAAGAAAGAGCUUGGUGGGGAACCUCAUGAAAUAUUCCAUGAAUUUGAUCCUGUCCCCAUGGCAAGUGCUUCUUUGGCGCAGGUUCAUGUCGCUCGAACUCGCGAUGGACAAAAAGUUGCUGUGAAGGUUCAGCAUACACACAUGACGGAUACUGCAGCUGCAGAUUAUGCAACUGUGGAGUUAAUUGUGAAUACUUUGCAUUGGCUCUUUCCUUCUUUUGAUUACAGGUGGUUGGUAGAUGAAAUGCGGGAAAGUUUACCAAAGGAGUUAGAUUUCUCGAUUGAGGCCAAAAACAGCGUAAAAUGCAUGGCCAAUUUCAGAAAACUCUCUCCACACAUUGCUGAGUAUGUUUAUGCACCAAAAAUACAUUGGAACUUAAGCACAUCAAAGUUGUUGGUGAUGGAAUUUAUUGAUGGGGCUCAAGUAAAUGAUUUGAGGACCAUACAGAAGUUAGGAAUUCAUCCAAGUGAUGUUUCCAAAUUGUUGAGUCAAGCUUUUGCAGAAAUGAUGUUCAAACAUGGUUUUGUACACUGUGAUCCACAUGCUGCAAAUGUGCUUGUUCGUCCAUUGCCUUCUGGCGGUUGGAGUAUUUUGGGAAAGAAAAAACCGCAGCUGGUAUUGUUGGACCAUGGUUUAUACAAGGAACUCGACAUCUCCACGCGGAUUAACUAUGCUACCCUUUGGAAGGGUUUAAUAUUUUCUGAUGCCAAUGCAAUUAAGGAAAAUAGUGUGAAAUUAGGUGCUGGGGAGGAUCUUUAUGCAUUAUUUGCUGCUAUUCUUACAAUGAAGCCUUGGGCAAAAAUUAUUGAUCCUGCUAUGGAUCAUCUAGUAGUUCGGGGCUCUGAUAGUGAGCGUGCUGAACUCCAGAUGUACGCCUCCCAAUACUUCCCUCAAAUUUCUGAGCUUCUCAGGAGACUCCCUCGUGUUAUUCUUUUGAUGCUCAAGACAAAUGAUUGCAUACGAGCCGUCAAUCGAUCACUGAUGCAAGGGUCUUCUCUCGAGACAUUUCUGAUUGUCGGAAGAGUUUCUUCUGAAGCCGUGAUAGAGUCGAAAUUGUUGCACAGUAGGUCCAUUUUGUCACGUGUUCAUGUGUGGCUUGAGGAGUUUCUCUUAGAAGUCCGAUUAUUUGGAUUGCAGAUUGCUCUAUGGCUUUUAAAACUCCAGAAAGCUUUGACAUUGUGAAACCAAGUCUGGAUUUUCUGCAUCAGCUGCUCAAUUGUUUUUGAUCUACAGGCAAUAAAGCUCAGGGUACAUAACAUUUUUUAUUCUUACAAGAAAAUUGUGGAAUAUAUAAGGGUUCCCUUUAUUUAUAGUCGUCAUUUUUUUGGUGGGGUUAGCACAAGUGUUGAUAAUUGUUGGUUUUUCCCCAAGAUUGGAACAUGCAUUUGAGAAUGUACAAUUAACUCAGAAAAAUGUUUUUUGAUGGUGAAAUGUAAUCAAUAACUCAUGAUUUAUUGAAAAAAGCACAACAAAAUGGAUUGGAAAUGCAUAAGGUGAAC